AUGAUCCCUCACUUGGGCCGUUUAGUCCUAGGACUUUCUCUCAGCUUUUGGGCAGCUCUAGUAGCGGCUGAUAACUCAACAUUCUACAACCCAAUCCUACCCGGCUGGCACUCCGAUCCGUCAUGUAUCCACGUUGAUGGCACCUUCUACUGCAUCACCUCAAGUUUCAUCACUUUCCCUGGUCUACCAGUAUACGCCUCCAAAGACCUGAUCAACUGGAAGCUCAUAAGUCAUGCUUGGAAUCGACAAAGCCAGAUGCCCAACGUUACUCAACAAACCAAAGGACAACAAGAAGGCUUCUACGCCGCAACUAUCCGGUAUCAUGAUGGCGAAUUCUGGGUGGUGUGCGAGUACCUCGGCCUGCCCGACGGAAUGUUAGGAACUGUCUUCAAAACGAGCAAUCCGUUUGACGCAGAAAGUUGGAGUGACCCUUACACAUUCCUGACCCCCAACGGGGACUUGGAUCUUUUCUGGGACGACGACGGAAAGAUGUACAUCCCGGGAGGUGGCCACGUUCUCCUCGACGUCGACCUCGAGGCGGGGACAGUCGUCAACAACACAUUCCUCUGGGCUGGCACCGGGGGCGUAUGGCCUGAAGGUCCUCACCUCUAUCGCAAGGACGGCUGGUACUACAUUUCUGCCGCCGAAGGUGGGACCGAGACUGGGCACUACCAGGUCAUGGCUCGAUCUUCCAGUCUGACGGGCCCGUAUCAGCCGUGCCCGUACAACCCGGUCUUGACCAAUAAGGGUACCGAUGAGUAUUUCCAGACAAUCGGCCACGCAGAUCUGUUCCAAGACUCGGACGAAAACUGGUGGGGUGUCGCACUAGCUACUCGUUCCGGGCCAGAAUGGAGAAUCUAUCCCAUGGGCCGCGAAACAGUCCUGUACCCAGUCACCUGGCGAGAAGGUGAAUGGCCGAUACUCGAGCCCGUCAGAGGCAAAAUGUCGGGUUGGCAAAUGCCCGCGGCAUCUAGAGACCUCCCGGGAGAUGGCCCAUUCAACUCGGACCCCGACGCGUACGACUUUACGACACUGAGCGGUAUUCCUCGGAAUCUCAUUCACUGGAGGGUUCCAACCGAGGGUGCCUUUUCGAUUGAUAGCUCGAGAGGACUCCAUAUUGUGCCUAGCCGCGCGAAUCUCACGGGCGAUAAUGCGGAUCUGGAUGGUCGCUCGGGGCUAUCAUUCAUCGGACGACCUCAGACGGAUUCUCUCUUUACCUUUGAGGCCGUCAUUGAUGCGCCGCUGACUGACGCUGACCAAGAAAGUGGCGUUACUUUGUUUCUCACGCAAUUCAACCACGCUGAUAUCGGGGUAGUAAUCCUCCCCAAGGCCGACGGCUCCGGAGGAAACGAUCGCAUGCUACGCUUCAGGGCAACAGGAGAAGAUGCGCAUGCGGAGAAUAUCGUCAAGGUACCUGAAGCAUGGGGAGAAGACUCGAUUCGCUUCCAGAUCGCCACAGUCAACAGCACUCACUGCACGAUGGCCGCGUCUCAGGCUUCUCAAUCCGAUCAGCGGGUCGUCAUUAGUACGUUCUCAGCAAGACUGGUCAGUGGCCAGAGUGGUCCUUUUACCGGCUCUUUGGUCGGCGUCUACGCUACCUGCAACGGCGCUGGCUCUGGAGUUGAUUGUCCGUCUGGAGGUGAUAGCUGGGUGAAGGAGUGGCAUUACGAAGGUCAAGGUCAAUACUACACUGCGACCGACCUUGUUCCAGAGUAA